AUGCCAGCGGCUGUCCCGACCGUCAAUCAAGAACAAGUAGUAGAUCCUUGGGACGUGAAGGGCGCGGUAGUCGAUGGAAUCCAACAGGACAUCGAUUACAAUAAACUGAUCGAACAGUUUGGCACAAAGCAUAUCACACCUGAACUCCUCGAGCGCUUUGAGAGUUUGACUCAGCGAAAGCUACAUCCUUUGUUGAGAAGGGGGAUGUUUUUUUCCCAUCGGGAACUGGAUCAAAUUUUGGACCGCUAUGAGCAAGGCAAACCAUUUUAUCUUUACACUGGCAGAGGCCCUUCAACUGGAAGUAUGCAUCUAGGGCACAUGGUACCUUUCAUUGUCACACAAUGGCUUCAAGAAGUGUUUGACGUUCCAUUAGUCAUCCAACUGACUGAUGACGAAAAAUUUCUGUUCAAACCAGAUUUGAAAUUGGAAGAUUGCCACAAAUUUGCAUUUGAAAAUGCUCGAGAUAUCAUUGCUUGUGGGUUCAAACUUGAAAAGACUUUCAUCUUUUCGGACGUGGACUACGUAGGUGGCGCAUUUUAUAGAAAUGUGCUGCAGAUAUCUCGUGCAAUCACCUAUAAUCAAAGCAAAGCCACUUUUGGUUUCACUGAUACUGACAACAUCGGAAAAUCCCACUUCGUCGCUGUCCAAGCGGCUCCUGCAAUGUGUACAUCAUUCCCCCAGAUAUAUUCUGCAAAGGACAACGUUCCGUGCUUGAUCCCUUGCGCCAUUGAUCAAGAUCCAUAUUUUCGACUCACCCGUGACGUGUCCACGCGGCUUAAGAGAGCAAAACCAUCACUCUUACUGUCCAAAUUCUUUCCGGCUUUACAAGGACCCAACAGUAAGAUGUCUAGUUCAGUUGACAGUAGUGCAAUUUUUAUGAGUGAUACGCCCAAACAAGUCAAGAACAAAAUCAACAAAUAUGCAUUCUCGGGUGGCCAAGCUACGAUUGAGGAGCAUAGGAAAGUAGGCGGUAGAUGUAAAGUAGAUGUCUCGUAUCAGUACCUCACCUUUUUUGAAGAGUCUGAUGAAAAAUUAGAAAAAAUUGCUGCUGAGUACGAGUCUGGGCAAAUGUUGACAGGGGAACUGAAAUCGAUCUGCAUUGAAACGCUACAGAACAUGGUGAAUGCCUUCCAAGAGCGAAAAAAGACUGUCACAGAUGACCUUGUUCGACAAUUCAUGGACCCCAAUCGAAAGAUUGAUCCGUCAGUGGCUCCUCGAGGCUCGACGACGUAA